UAUUUAGUUACAUACCAGCUCUAUGUGAUUCCAAAUUAUAUUUGCCUAUUUAUUUUAAUUUCUGCUAGUGCAUGUUUUUUUUUUUUUUUUUUGUAUAAUACAAAUUGUUUUUACUUGAUUAUGAAUAAUUUUUCGUUCAUUAAUUUUAAUAAUGCAUUUUUAAUAUGUGCUGCAUUGUUUACUUCAGCAUUCGGCGCACUUUUUUAUACGCUUCCCGGCUGGCAGAAUAAAACAUAUGAACGAGUCACUCAUGUCAUUUUUGAUGUUGAUAAUACAGUUUUAUCGGUUGAUGAAAUUUACAAAGAAGCAGAUACUGAGAUAAUCGAACAUUACGGGAAAAAAUAUCAAUACUCCCUCAAAUUACGAACCGCUGGUCGUUCGAGAAGAGAAAGAGCUCAAUUAAUUGUAAAAGAAUUAAAACUACCCUGUACAGCUGAAGAAUUUGAAUCACUAUCCAGAGAAUAUUAUUUUCGUUUAUUACCCGAAGCUGAAGUGAUGCCUGGAGUGCUGAAAUUAUGCCACCAUUUAGCCGAGCAUGGUGUACUAAUGGCAUUAGCUACGAGUGGAUGCCAAGAUGAUUUGAUUCAAAAAUUCAGAUAUCACGAUCAAUUAUUCGGAUUAUUUCAUCACGUUGCUAUAGUGGGCGAAUAUAAUUCCACUAAAUAUAAACCGGCACCUGACGUUUUUCUUAUGGCUGCGGAAAAAUUUCCAGAUAAACCUUCGCCAAACAAAUGUCUAGUUAUUGAUGAUAUGGCGGAUGGUGUUGAAGCUGCUAGAAAUGCAAGUAUGCAAGUAGUGUAUGUUCCUUGUGAUAAAGGCACACCGCAGUAUGAGAAAGAGAAAGCCACUUUAGCCAUUGAAACGCUAAAUGAGUUUAUACCGGAGCGUUUUGGAUUGCCACCAUUUCCAAAAUAAAGGAAGAUUUUUUUUUUACAUGCUAUUCAUAUUAUCUUUAUUGAUGCGCACUUCAUUUGUUUUAUUUGAAUUUUUCACGAUAACUACCUAUAUCUAACUAUACAAUUCAGAAGAAAUCAAAUUUUAUAAUUUAAUAAUCAGAUGUUAUGUUCCCAUCAGGUACCUAGACCUACCUAUCGUACCAUCCCUCCCAGUAAACGUUAUUGCCCUCUUAGGUACUUGAUAUGUAGGUGUAUGGUAGGUACUAUUAUAUAUUAUUCGACUAUC